AAAGUUGAUAUCGAAGUAACCGAAUAUUAGGAAUAAACACAAGAAUUUAACUUUAUAACUUAAAUAAUAUUAUAAAACAUCUUGAAAGGAAAAUGUCAGCUGUAUCAAGAUCAACAGCAUCAAGAAAUGCUGCUUCUCACAAUUCAUCAAGGAACAGGAUGAGAUCAAGACCAAACUCAACAGCACAAGGCUCAGCACAUGUCACAUUUCAAGCUAAACCAGAUAUGUACAACCCUAGAAAUAAUCCAUUCAGAGUGCCAAUGGAUAAUGAUAUUUUUACACUUCGUGAAAAAGAAAGAGAUGAAAAACUCCAGCAACGUAAAGUGCAGCACAAAUUAAAAGUUCAUGAGAAGACAACAUAUGCAUCACGUGUAAAUGCCAAGACUGCAGAGAUGAGAAAGAUUGUGGAUGAUGUAGAUGACGAGGGUGAUGAAAUGGACACUAAAGAUGAAGAUGGGAUUGUCAAAGAUGAUCCACAAUUUACCCUCGCUAUCACUAGAGAUCGCAAUGUAGAGAAAGAAAAUCUUUCAGACUUCAUUGCAAAGAAAAGAGAAAUGUUUCUUGUUCAGUAUUCAUUAGGUGUGAAACGGGAUGAAAUGAGAAAGUUAGAAGAAAUAGCUCAGGCUGAAGAAAAGAAAUUGGAACUUGCAGAACAGUACCUUGAGGAAGACGCACAAAUGUUUGAUGAAUUUCUAAAAGAAAAUGAUAAGAAUUCUGUUGAUGCUAUCAAAAUAGCUGAAAACGAAACAAAAAUCAAGUUGGAAAAAGUAUCGGAUAUCAAGAAGAUCAACGCUCAAAUGAUGGCAAUAAAAAGUGAAAUUUCGAAGAACGAGGAUACUCUGAAGGAUUACAUGUUAUAUAAACAAUUUCUGGAUAUCCUUACUCCACCGGAAUUUAAAGAAAAAGAAAGACUUCGGAGACUAGAGAAGCAAAGAAAGAAAGCUGCAGAAAGUCAGGCAAAACCGUUAAGUUAUUUAGAAAAAGUACCUCCUGGUGCCAUCACCGAAAGAAAACACAGCAGACAUAGUAGAAAAGACAGCAAAGUUCAGAUUAAACCAAGUAGUUCGGCCAUAACACACAGGUCACAUACCAAUACCCGGAUAGAAAGCGCCAGUGAUAGGUCAGUGACGUCAUCAUCGCAUCACGAGUCGGAGGAUGAGAGUAGCGAUGAGGAACCAGAGUUAUAUUUCACGGAUCCACAGCAACUGUUGGAUAUUUUCACAGAAUUAGAGGAACAAAAUCUUUCUUUGAUUCAAAACAGUCAGGAAACAGAGGAAGCCUUGGAGGAACUAAAACAAACCAUUGAACAGACCAAAACUAAAAUGGAUAAAGAAACAGAGGUUCUUAAACAACAAAUAUCGUUACUGAAAGACGCAAUUUACCGAGAACAGGAAAAAUCUGCAGAUUUGGAAAUGAAAUCGAAAAUGUUCUCAUACGGCGAAUUUAAAGCUGAGGAUCAGGAACAAAUGCUUAAAGCAUUGAAUAAGAAAGUUGAAGAGGUUUACAGAAAUACAAUCGGUGACAAUGAAGCCAAUAUAAGUACUCUACAAAUGUUAACAAACAUUGAAAAUCGUCUGGAAGAACUGUUUGAACAAAUUGAAAUGAUGCCUCCGGAAAAAGUAGAACUGGCAGAAAAGGCGAAGGAAAAAGAACGACGAAUGCGACAAAGGGAAGAGAAACUAGAAGCACAGAGAAUUCAUCAAGAAGAACGAGUAAAACGGGCUUUAGAAAGGGCUAGAGCUGACCCAAAGAAAAAGACUGGUCGUAAAUUAAUGUUUCGCUCAGAACCACCACAAACAAGAAAGAAAGAAAAAGAUUUUGAAAACAAACAAUCAAAAGAGGAGGAAGAACUGCAAUAUUUCUUUUCCUAAAAAUGAUUUGAUAGAAUGUACAAAUAUGUACUUAAAAAAUUUGUAAAUAUUCCUGCAUAAACCUGUGCGAGGAAAUUAUAUACAAUAUACUCUGC